CAAAAUGCUUUCCAUGCAAGAGCUAAUGGAUAUGCGGAUGCAGCAGCAGCUGGCCCAUGAGAUCUAUCGCCAGCAGAUUAUGCAGCGGAUUCCAGAUCCCUUUCCGGCCAUGCUGCCCUUCAACAUGCCCCACCAGCCGCAAAUGAUGCUGCCCAGCCGCCCCACCCUGCCGGGCGUGGAUGCCAAGUUGGAGAACAACGAUCUGUGGCAGCAGUUCCACAAGAUCGGCACCGAAAUGAUCAUCACAAAGAGCGGCAGACGCAUGUUCCCCUCGAUGCGCGUCUCCCUCAGCGGCUUGGAGGAGGAGGCCAGCUACUGCGUCCUCCUCGAGAUGGUGCCCAUCGGUGACUGUCGCUACAAGUUCUCCGGCUCGCAGUGGGUGCCAGCUGGAGGAGCCGAGCCCCAGAGUCCCCAGCGGAUGUAUCUGCAUCCGGAUAGCCCCGCCACCGGUGCCCACUGGCAGUCGCAGGCGCUGCUCUUCAACAAGGUGAAGCUGACGAACAACACCCUGGACAGCAAUGGACACAUCGUCCUGGCCAGCAUGCAUAAGUACCAGCCACGCCUGCACAUCAUCCGCAGCAAUGAGCUCACCCAGCUUCCCUGGGCUCCGCAGCAGGCGUUCGUCUUUCCGGAGACGGAAUUCGUGGCUGUCACGGCCUAUCAGAACGAUCGCAUCACCAAACUGAAGAUCGACAACAAUCCCUUUGCCAAGGGCUUCCGUGAAUCGGGUCAGUCCCGCUGCAAGCGGAAGAUGAACAGCAGCGGCAACUCUAGCUUGGAGUCCGAGGACGAUGGCUCCAGCGUGAGCAGCUGUGACUCGCCUCAGGCUAAGCGCCAGCGCCAGGACUUUGAGCAGGACUCCACGGGCAGCUGCUCUCCGGCUUACUACUCGGCUCCGUCUGCCUUGAGUCCGGGAGCCACCUUGUCGCCAUAUCAACGCCAUCCGGGAUUGGGUUAUGGAGCCAACUUUGCUGCUGCCUAUUUCGGUGGAGUCCAGGCUGUGCCACUGCCUCCGUCGCUCUAUGUGCCAGCUCCAGCUGCUGUUAGUCCUGUCAGUCCAGCUCCAGUUGUUGCUCCAGCUCCAGUACCAGCUUCAGUUCCAGCUCCAGCUUCCGUAGUCACCUCCAGCACAAGCACAAUCUCGCCGAGACCUUCGACCUCUACGAAAAGGAACAGCUUCAGCAUUUCAGCCAUUUUGGCCUACUGAAAAACCUUCUUUCCUUCCCAAGGGAAACCUCUAGGCGGAGUCCCAUCUCUUGUUGUGAUCAGUGAGAAACGUGUGCAUAUACCCUGUAAGAUAUCAU